UGCCUUUCUUCCCAAACCAAGCUUCAUUACAAAACUUAGAAACUAAAGAAAUAUACAAAUUUGUCCCCUUCUGCAUUUCCCAUUUCCUGAGUCUUUGUUUUUUUAUUUUUUAUUUUCUCCUCCUAAUAUUCUUCUUUGUCGCCCUCUUAUUGUCUUUGCCAUUAUAGAACCUAAUUCAUCGCAAGUUUCCUGAGGUGAUUCAUUCGUUUACUGUGAAUGGCUUAUUGAGAGUGCAGCUAGAGCUAGGACUACUUGAAGUUAUGUUGUGCUGCGGAGGUGCAGAGGAGGAGAGCACCGGGUCCCCGGCAAAUCAAUACCCAACUGCACCACCUAGAGGGGGUAACACAUACGGUGGAGGAGGUAAUGAUAGAGGAGAGCCUAGGGGCAAUGUUGCAAAGAGUGGUGCCCCGCAGAAAGUAUUGCCAAUUGAGAUACCCUCUAUGCCGUUGGAUGAGUUAAACAGGUUAACAGGGAACUUUGGUACAAAGGCUUUUAUUGGCGAAGGUUCAUAUGGACGAGUUUUCUAUGCAAAAUUGAGUGAUGGCACUGAUGCUGCAAUUAAGAAGCUGGAUACCAGUUCUUCCCCGGAACCUGACUCGGAUUUUGCGGCUCAGUUAUCGAUUGUUUCGAGAAUGAAGCAUGACAAUUUUGUGGAGUUGAUUGGAUAUUGUCUAGAGGCAGAUAACAGACUUUUGGUUUAUCAAUAUGCAAGUUUGGGUUCUUUGCAUGAUGUGUUACAUGGAAGGAAGGGUGUACAAGGGGCUGAACCUGGUCCAGUUUUAAGCUGGAACCAGAGAGCAAAAAUUGCAUUUGGCGCAGCAAAAGGACUUGAGUUUCUUCAUGAAAAGGUUCAGCCUUCUAUCGUUCACCGCGAUGUUAGAUCCAGCAAUGUCUUACUAUUCAAUGACUAUGAGGCCAAGAUAGCUGAUUUCAGCUUGACAAAUCAGUCUUCUGACACAGCCGCUAGGCUACAUUCAACAAGAGUCUUGGGAACAUUUGGCUAUCAUGCCCCAGAGUAUGCCAUGACUGGACAGAUAACCCAGAAAAGUGAUGUUUACAGUUUUGGGGUUGUGCUUUUAGAACUCUUGACUGGAAGAAAGCCAGUAGAUCACACAAUGCCCAAAGGACAACAAAGUCUUGUAACUUGGGCAACUCCAAGGCUUAGUGAGGACAAAGUGAAACAAUGUGUGGAUCCUAAGCUAAACAAUGAUUAUCCGCCAAAGGCUAUUGCUAAGUUGGCUGCUGUGGCAGCACUUUGUGUUCAGUAUGAAGCUGACUUCAGACCAAACAUGACCAUUGUUGUCAAAGCUCUCCAGCCACUUCUCAAUGCAAAACCGUCUGGUCCCGAUCCUCAUGCUUGAUAUUGUGAUUUCAAUUAAUCAUGAGGAUUAUUAGAUUUUUGAGCAAUUUGUAACACAAUGAUGGAAGUUGAUUUGGUUUCGUUGUCGUAUGGAUUGUAUUAUGCUAUGCCAAAGUUGAUUUGGUUUGCUUGCUCUCCCUUUUAGUUGGAUCAUAUGUUUGUACACAUAAUGAAUGAUGGAGACAAAAAUUUGUUGGCCUAUGAGAA